CACGUCAGAUCACACACUGUGAGCAACCUCAAGCUCAAGUUUGAUCUGCGAACUCAACUGCCGAACAAUCGAUAUGUGUUACGAGCACGACAUUUCUGAUACAAUUUCUCAUCGGGACACCCUUCCUCCCCCAUCAGUCCUGCGACAUGUCGUUGAUGUACAUUGUCAUCCCACCGACUCAGAGAUUCCAGUGAAGUCAAUGGACAACUUGCCCAUCAUCAUCGGUGCCAUGUCCACUUUUCAGGUGGACCAAGGAUUAGUGCGAGACUUGGCUACUGCAUUCCCAGACAAAGUCGUGCCUUCCUUUGGUUACCAUCCGUGGUUUACGCAUUGGAUCGCACUGGCACCAUACGAAUCAAAGGAAAGUCAUUAUAAGCGCAUAUUUAAGGAUGCGGAAGAACACCCGGAGGCCUUUCAAAAGAUGCUUGUUCAUCUACCUGAGCCAGUGACCCUACGAACCGUCCUGCAAGACGUUCGUCAUAAUUUGAUGGCUUUUCCAAGUGCAAUGCUCGGAGAAGUCGGUAUCGACAGAGCUUUUAGGGUGCCUUACGACUACUUCUCAUCGCCUGGAGAAUUGACGCCUUUCACCGUACCCUUUGAGCACCAGUUAGCUAUCCUUGAGGCACAGCUUGAUCUAGCGGCGGAGCUAGGUCGAAACAUCAGCAUGCACAGCGUUAAAUCACAAAUGGCUACUGUGGAACUCUUAGACCGCAUGGCUGAUAGGCAUGGGGGGCAUUGGAUGAAGAUAAGCAUUGAUAUUCACAGCUGCAGCCUUAGCUCGCAAACGUGGCUGUCCAUCGAGAAGCGCCAUGCAAAUGUAUUUUUGUCUCUCUCAACAGCCAUCAACAGUCGGUCGCCGAAUCACCGAGCACUAAUCGCUGCAUGUUCUCCACGUCGUAUCCUCGUUGAAUCGGAUUGCCACAAGAUUGAAGACUGCAUGCAGCGCACUUGGGACAUGGUGCUUAUAGUCGCGGAAGUGAAAGGAUGGCCAGUUGAGUCGUCCUGGGAAGAGGUCGUAGACGAAAACCAGCAGGGAGUUGUCCGACGUUUGGAAAACAAUUGGAAAGAAUUUGUCCAAGGAAAUCAUAUCGAACUUGGCAAGAUCAUCAAACGAACGACUAGGGAGUGACAAUAGAAAGUUUUUACCGGGCACAAGGAAUCAUGAUGGUAACUUGCUCAGAGCAGUUGACUAUUAUUCCAUGAAUAAUGAAAAUGGUAUCACCGCGACAUGUAGCUUAUGAGCAGGAGUAAGCAUCCUCCAAUAAGAAUGCCAAGGAUAAUAGAGUCUCUCCGCCGUCGACUCUUGAUCAUGGAAAGGAGAUUGUUAAUGCCAGGUAUCGUACCUGUGUUGAUUUC